AUGGGGUGCGGAGUGAGCAGCAAAGUGCUCCCAGAGCCUAUGGAGCCCCCAGUGAAAAAAAAUCCUUAUUACGUCAAGCUGAUCCAUGCUGUAGUUCCAGUCCAGUUCUGUAAGGAACCUGUACACUCCAAGGGUGAAUUUUGGGGACUGCAGGAAGAGCCCAAGAAAGAAGAGGAAUUGCAAGCAAAAAAGAAUCAAGUUGCACGCUACAGAGCCAAAUUCGAUCCCAGAGUUACCGCCAGAUAUGAUAUCAAAGCACUCAUCGGUAGGGGCAGUUUCAGUAGAGUUGUAAGAGUUGAACAUAGGGCUACGCAUCAACCAUUUGCCAUAAAAAUGAUUGAAACAAGAGCCAAAGAAGGAAAAGAAGUUUGUGAGUCAGAGCUGAAUAUCCUUAGAAGAGUUAGUCACCAUAACAUCAUUCAACUUAUAGAGGUGUUUGAAGCUCAGGACCGAGUUUACAUGGUGAUGGAACUGGCGACUGGUGGAGAACUAUUUGACAGAAUCAUCGCUAAAGGAUCCUUUACAGAGAGAGAUGCAACCAAGGUACUGCAGAUGGUUUUAGAUGGGAUAAACUAUCUUCAUGGACUAGGAAUUACACAUAGGGAUCUCAAACCAGAAAAUCUUCUUUAUUACCACCCAGGGGCAGACUCAAAGAUAUUAGUGACUGAUUUUGGUUUGGCAAACUCAGGAAAUAAAGGUGGAGACUGGUCUAUGAGGACAAUAUGUGGAACUCCAGAAUACAUUGCACCUGAAAUUAUUCUAAGAAAACCGUACACAAAUGCAGUGGACAUGUGGGCCCUUGGUGUGAUCACCUACAUAUUACUAAGUGGAUCCAUGCCCUUCGAAGAUGAGAAUCGGACAAGACUCUACCGGAUGAUCCUAAAAGGAAAAUACAGCUACUUAGGUGAUCCCUGGCCAAAUGUUUCUAACCUAGCAAAGGAUUUUAUAGAUCGUUUGUUAACAGUGGAUUCUAAUGAUCGGUUAUCGGCAAGCGAUUCUUUGAAACAUCCUUGGAUUAAGACCAUGGCCGCAUCUUCAUCCAUGAAGAAUCUGCACCGCUCUAUCUCCCAGAACCUGAGGCGCAGAGUAUCCUCCCGUUGUCAUAGCUCAAAGUCAGAACAGUCCAUGAAAUCCGGCAAUUCAAACAAAUCACGCCGGAUGAGAGAGAUUAUGGAGCGAAACUUGCGUUACCAAGCACAUGCUGUGUACAAUGAUGGAUACUAGCCUGGAUGGUGCUAACAUGUUGCCUCUUCUAAUGAUAUUUUUAUGAUAUGGAUACAUUUAAAUGAAUACUUUCUAUGUACAUGUGUAGUGAAUAUAAAGCAUCACCCCCAUUCACAAAAAUAUUAAAUCACAAGCCCAGUAUUGUCCUUCAUAUAGGAUGCAUAAUAUGUAAAAUAUAAUUUGUCGCAAAACGCUACAAGGGGGAUAUCUUAAAAAAAAAUUAGUACAAAGUUUGAAAAUUGAUCUUAUGUCCAUAGCGACCAAGGGAAUAUUACAUCCCACUGGCUGCUAUAGUUAUAUAGUAAUAAGAUCACACUUCAGGCUUUGCUGUGGCUCAGAAUCCCAAUACCAUCUUCAGAAACUAUAUAUAAAUAUGAUGGCGGUGUAUAAUUUGAAAAGUGGUCUUGUUAUCAUAGCAACCUGUUUAUUUGUAAAUAACUUUAUGAGUCUGACAGUAAUGUAAAUAAUUAUAAUAUGGUUGUCACCAAAUUUGCUUGAGUGGGGUGGUUAAAUCUAAGUUUGUG